CAAAAAAAAUCAAAAGAUUGUUGUUAUGGGGUUACUUGAUAUCUCCAUCAUUCGCAUGGUUUCAAAACUAGUACUAGUUUUGUUGUUGUUUCAUCAUGUGGUUAUUGCUACCUCUUCCUACUCUUCGCAGAAGCAGUAUCCAUCUUGCCCUGAUGGGGAGAAGUCCGCCCUGCUGCAAUUCAAAGACAGCUUUACUAUUGACAAAUCUGCUUCUAGAUCUACGGAUGCUUAUCCAAAGGUUUCAUCAUGGAAACCAGCUAAAGGAGGAAAUAACACCUGCUGCUCAUGGGAAGGUGUCGAGUGUGAUGAGAAGACGGGUCAUGUGAUUGGCCUAGAUCUUGGUAGCAGCUGUCUCCACGGCUCUAUCAACAACAAUAGCAGCCUCUUCCGCCUUGUUCAUCUUCAAAGGUUAAACCUCUCUGACAAUAACUUCAAUUACUCUCAAAUUCCUGCUAGCAUUAGAAAUUUUCCAAGCCUCACUCAUCUUGACCUCUCUACCUCUGUCUUUUCUGGUCAAGUCCCUUCUGAACUUUCACUGUUAUCCAAGUUGACAUACCUUAAUCUAGCUCUCAAUCUCGAUAGAUUGUCAGAAGAUAAGGAUCAUCAGUCAUCAGAAGAGGAGAAUUAUCCCUUGUUGAAACUUGAAGCAUCAGAUCUUGGAAGCCUAGUGCAAAACUUAACUAGUCUCGAAGUGCUUUCUCUCAGUUUCGUAAAUGUAUCUUCGGCAAUUCCUCAUUCCAUGGCUAAUUUAUCAUCUUUGACAGCCCUCCACCUCAGGGCCUGUCACCUGUUUGAUGAAUUUCCUGUGAGAAUUUUCCAACUGCCAAACCUAGAAUCUCUUAGUGUGAGAUACAACCAAGAAUUGACUGGAUAUUUUCCUGAAUUUAAUCAAAGCAGUCUUCUCAUCUCACUGAAAGUCGGCUUUGCUGGCUUUUUUGGAACAAUACCCUCUUCAAUUCAAAACCUUCAUUCACUGCAAAACUUCGAUGUGGCUCAAUGCAAUUUUUCGGAAGGGUUGGUUCCAUCUUUUCUUGGGAAUCUUAGGCAGCUCACUUAUCUAGACAUUUCAGCCAAUAAAUUUGGAGGUCCAAUUCCUGAUUCCUUGGCAAACCUUACCCAACUGGCAACUUUUAGGAUUAGUACGAGUCGAUUAACUGGUCCAAUCCCAUCUUGGUUAGGCAACUUUAGCAAACUAGAGUACCUAGAUUUUGCUUUUAAUAGAUUAAAUGGUUCAGUUCCUGCGUCAUUUUCAAAUCUCACAAAUCUUCAAAUCCUUUAUCUACAAUUGAAUAGUCUGAGUGGCGUAGUAGAGUUUCAAAUGUUUCAAAAUCUACAAUUUCUUUUCCAACUUCAAUUAAGUUGGAACGGUUUAGAAUUUGUCACUGUGAAUUCAACAGUUCAACAGUUCACCGUUCUUGGAUUGAGUAAUUGCAGCCUAACAGAGUUUCCAUCCUUCUUACAAUAUCAGAAGGGGUUGGAGCGUUUGGAAAUUGCUGGAAACAAAAUCCGAGGCCAAGUACCAAACUGGAUGUGGAACACAAGCAUAGAAACUUUGGUCUAUUUAGACAUAAGUGGAAACUUCUUUUCAGGCCAAUUUCCGCUUGUCCUUCCUUGGGUGAACCUGGUAGGCAUAACGCUUUCGUCCAACAUGUUUCAUGGAUCACUACCGGUACCUCCUCCAACUAUGCUAGAAUAUACAGCUACAGACAACAACUUUACUGGAGAAAUCUCAUCAUUGCUUUGCAAUAUGAAAAAUCUUCAGUUGCUUGACUUGUCGAAAAAUAAGUUGAGUGGCAUGCUUCCUCAAUGUCUCGGAAACUUUAGUGAUGAUCUGACUCUUUUACUUCUUGGAAACAACUCCUUUCACGGAGUUAUUCCUUAGACAUACAACAGC